AUGAGAGAUGAUGGAUUGGAGAGCAAAAGGAAAGGUUUGCGGUGCUUCGUAAGAGAGAUAAGAUAUGAUGACAGGAAGGUCGUUGAUAAGACGGAAGAAAAGCCUCGUUCAACGACUCUCUUAAACAUGAAGAAAAGAUCGCCCCCCCAAAACGGCAGCCAUGAUGAUUCGGCGGCGUUGAACAAAUUGCCAAUGAUCAUCGGGUGA